AUGCUGGCGCAAACCCCAUUCUGGGUGCUCCUCACCGCAAUAGCCUUCUGGCUCCAGGCCUCCCACGCGACAACCAUAUUGCUUUACACUACCACUUCCACCGCAUACCUCCCGGACAUCACGCUUGUCGCCCGAGCAGAAGCACAAGAUGCUAACGCGCGCCACGACGAUUUCAUGGCCGAUCACCAUUGGGAACCCUACGACCUAUUCAUGGCCGACUUCAUCCGUGCAAGCGGAGACACAGGAUACAGGCCCUUGUACGACGAGUACAACAAUCGUUUCUCCGGUGGUUAUGAGUAUUGGAAAUCCCACGACCUAUUCUUGGCCGACUUCAGCAGUGCAGGCAGAGACAGCGGGUUCAAACGCAUGUACGACAACUACAACAAGUGUUGCUCCACUGGUUUUAAGUAUUGGAAGCCCUACAACUUACUCGUGGCCGACUUCAUCUGUGCAAGUAGAGACAGCCGGCGCAAACGCAUGUACGACGAGCACAACAAUCGUUUCCCCAGUAGUCAUGAGCAUUGGAAGCCCUACAACCUACUCAUGGCCGACUUCAUCCGUGCAAGCAGAAACAGAGGGCGCAGACGCAUGUACUACGAGCACAACAGUCGUGGCUCCACUGGUUAUGAGCAUUGGAAACCCCACGACUAUCUCAGGGCCAUUUACAUCUCCGGCAAUCACACUCAGUGUACCCUCUGGCUUGACAAUCAUUCCAAGUUUGACCGCUAG